AUGAAAACGUUGGAGGAAGAAAAGUUAAUACUUAAAAAGAGGUGUAAGACAGCUCAGAGGUCACUACAAAGAAUGAAAAAGAAGAAGAUACAGUGUGGUGAACUGACACCCAGAAAGCAAACUGAAAAUCUCAUGGACAAGGCACAGCUAUCAUCCAGCCAAAAGGAGGUAAUAAAAAAACCUCUGCUGUUGGCGAACACUAUGAUGAGAGAAAUAAGGGCGACCAAAGAGGGAACCCAAAAAGGAAACGUGAAAGCCAUACACAGGGUUAUUUCUGGUCGCAUCGUCAAGAAGUACAGGUUGGGGAGCUUGCUGGCUGCUUCCACAGGUCUAUGCCGACAUAGAUUGACUACAACGGACAGCAAAAUGCACCAACUGAGAAGAGCACAACGAUUUAAUGCCUGCCGACGAUAUAAAAGGCAAGUGGAAGAGUUCCUCAAAAGAGAGGAUAACAGCCGACAACAACCAGGCAAAAAGGAUGCCAAGAAGGUAAAAGAUGGAUUGUCACAAACUUUUGUUUUAACUGAUUACACAAGGAAUUUGCACAAAAAAUUUUUGUCGGAAAAUCCUACAAUAAAAUUGUCACUUGCAUCAUUCUGUCGAUGCCGUCCAAAAUACAUACUGACAGCUGCGUAUGCAGGUCGCAGCUCCUGCUUAUGCACCAAACACCAAAAUGCAGCUUUAACUGUCAAAGCCUUAAAGCGUGCAGGGAUUGACAUACCAGCAAAUCCAGAAUCUGUCAUCAAGAAUAUGCCCGAUGUAAAUCAAAUUGAAGAGGCUGUUGGUGACUCGACUGUGAUUACGCAGUGGAAACGAGUGGAGAUAGAGGAAAAGGGAAGAAAGAAAUAUGUCACGAAAAUGAUUGAAUCCACGCUCGAUAGGAAACAAAUUGCAAGCCACUUUGAAGGUCAGAUGAAGGAUUUCAAAGAACAUGUCUUCCGUGUGGGUACACAAUAUGAACAAAUCAAGAAACUGAAAGAAAAUCUUCCCGCUAACGAGAUGAUUGUUCAACUCGAUUUUGCAGAAAAUUACAGCUGUAGGUCUAUGGAAGAGGUACAGAGUGCGUACUUUAAUCAGACAACCGUCACCCUACAUCCCGUAGUUGCCUAUUAUCGCGUCUCAGGCGAGUUACUCCACAAAAGCUUCAUCGUUGUUUCAGAUGAAAUGACACAUGCAUCGUCCACUGUCAUCGCUUUCGUGGAUGAGAUAGUUCCGCUCUUGAAAGAGAUUGUUCCAGAUUUAAGGACUAUACAUUACUGGAGUGAUUCUCCUACAAGUCAGUACAGAAACAAGCACAUGUUCGAUUUUGUAGCUAACCAUGAAUCCAUGUACCAAGUUAAGGCCAGGUGGAACUACUUUGAAGCCGGCCAUGGGAAGGGGCCGUGCGAUGGCCUGGGCGGUUCCUGUAAGCGUCUCGCUGACCAAGCAAUGAGAGCAGGCAAGGCCGUGAUACAAGACGCAAAUUCUUUUUUUACAUGGGCUGUCCAGUCGAGCAUGACAAACGUCUCUUUUCUGUUUGUGUCUGCAGCAAAGUGUGAGAAAAAACAAAAAGAGCAGGAAAAGAGAGUAAUCAAGCCACUAAAGGGAACUAUGAAAGUACAUGCCGUUGUGGGUUUGGGGGCAUCGCAGGUCAAGGUUCGCAAUGUCAGUUGCUACUGCGACAUCUGUUUGUCUGGAAUAACUUGCACUACCUGGCAAAACCAGGUGUUGCAAGUCACCACCUACGAUGACAACGAUCAAACCUCAGGUCUGGAUGCUGAUGAGACACCCGAGAGAGAUGCCGCUGUCCUGACUGUCGGGCAGUACGUCGCAGCAAUUUAUGAUGGGGAGUGGUAUAUUGGAAAGAUCUCUGAUACGGAUGAGGAGGAUGAAGAGGUGGAGGUGUGUUUUAUGGAGAAACGCAAGCAGUUGCUACAAUGGCCUUCUAGAGAAGAUAAAAUCUGGCUAAAACACGACGCCAUUUUAACCGUGAUCAUUUUCCAAGCCCUCGGUGUACCAUUUUCCAAAGUGGCUGAAUGGAUAGUGAAACAGAAGGACAGCUUCUUAGACAGGUACCAUACUAAUCCUGAACCCAGGGCCAGGACCAGGAAUAAUGAGUACUUGUCAGAUGGUCAGUUCUCCCACUACCGUCCUUCUGAUCCUGUGGGAAGAAGUAUGGGGAUGAGAGUGUCAAGGAGCAACAAUGAAGAAGCUGCCAAAAGUGCAUUUGCAAGGCCUUCGAUUCAUUCUGGAAAAUCAUUCAAUUGUGAAGGUCAGAGGUCAGAGCCAGAGGAGUGGCAUCCUCCACCACCGCCCAAUGCCGACAUACGCAAGCUGAAUCUCUUCCGCUCCUAUCCCGUCCCUCCAUCCUCCUCUUCUGCAUCUUCGUCAGCCGGGAUGAAACCAGACAGGAGCAGUGGGAGAUCAGAGGAGGGUCAGUCCCGGGGGUACAGAGAAGGGGGUCGAGGAGACAGACUCCCUGGGUCUAAACCAGGUAGUACAGGACGAGGAGUGGCCCCUCCCCGCAGUGCUGGCAGGCCCCUUUCCACCAAACCAAUCCCACAACAGCAGCAGAAGCAAUUCAUACCGCCGUCUUACAGAUCAGUGUUCGAAAAGACUUUUGAGGCGACCCCACAGCAAAAUGGCGGAAGUUUCCACAUGAGUAAUGGCCAGAGUUUCCAUCGGACCAGCAGCGGCCAGUCGAGUCGGCUUGCUCCAAAAGUGUACACAGCCAAACAGAGUAUAAAUAUGGAAGAAAAGGAGCGCUACAGACAGCUGUUACAACAGUUCACCACCACCCCCAUCCUCCCUGGAACCUUCUCUGUGACGGCACGGCAAAGACCAUCGCCAUUGGCCAUGAUGGCGAGCAAUAGCACAUUGACCAACACCACUCUCCUUGGAAGCGACAUCCCAAAAGCUCCAAAAGCAUUCCAGCAAGAUGUUUUGGUUCCCACCCCAAGACAGCGCAUCUCUCCCUCCGACAUGGCUUUGCGGCAGAAAAGACUAGAACCCAAAGAAAGCACAGAGAAGGUCCCCAAUGAUCUAGAUGCCAGUAUUAUAACCCACCUGCCUCCAAAAACCAAAAGUAGUGACACAGGGGUGUCUUUUGUGAAUACCAGUACAGAGUCGCCACCUAUUGGCCAUAGGAAGAAGCUUGGUCGGCAUCAGCCUGUCAUUGUAGAUUUAGAUGCAGAACCAGAUAUUGUUGAGAUUCUAGAUGAAAAGCCUCCUUCCAAGUCCCCUCCGGCUUUCCAAGAUGCACUACAAAGUUCCCCUUACUGGACUGACGAGUGGAUAAAUAGCCUAAAAGAGAGAUUUGAAAGUGAAACAUUAGCAAGAAAGAGGCAGAUAGAGGAAGAGAAAAUCAAGUCUAGUUACUUUGAGGAAAAGCGUAAAGAACAAGAGGCAGCUCUAGAAGAACAGAUCAGGCAGCGUAUGGUGCUCACAGAAACCAUCCCACCAGUUGUAGAGGAGGCUUACAUAGAGGAAGAGGAGGAGGAAGAAGAGGAGGAGGAAGAGGAAGAAUUCCCAGAGUUGACAGCUGAGCAGGAGGACAUAGUGGACAAUGCUCUGGUCCCUUACCCAGAGGGACAGAUUCUUGUGGAGGCAUUUGGGCUGCGAAUAGCAAGACGCGAUAUGAGCACCUUGUUAGGGCUGAACUGGCUGAAUGAUGAGGUGAUCAACUUCUACAUGAAUCUUCUCAUUGAACGUGGCAAGCAGAAAGACUGCAGUAAAGUACAUGCUUUCAACACGUUCUUCUACCCCAAGUUGAUGAGUGGAGGACACGCUGUGUUGAAACGGUGGACGAGGAAAGUGGAUGUGUUCGCAGUUGAUUACAUAGUGGUUCCUGUUCAUCUAGGGAUGCAUUGGUGCUUAGCACUUGUUGACUUCAAAGAAAAAGCAAUCAAGUAUUUUGACUCCAUGGGAGGCAAGAACACCGGGUGUCUGAAGGCAUUAAGGUGA